AGGACAAACAGUUCCUCCUGACGCGCAACGUUCCGUGUUACAAGCGUUGUAAACAGAUGGAGUAUUCAGAUGAGCUGGAGGCCAUCAUAGAGGAGGAUGAUGGAGACGGAGGCUGGGUGGACACCUACCACAACUCAGGUGUGUUAGGAGUCACGGACGCUGUGGGAGAGAUCGCCCUGGACAACAGUAAGGACAAGAACAUCAACGCCACAUCUGCAGCUUAUGGGGAUGAUGAUGAGGAUGAAGAUGGAGAAGCAGCCGAUAUGGAAGAGUACGAGGAGAGCGGCCUGCUGGAGACGGACGAGGCGACCUUGGACACCAGGAAGCUGCUGGAGGUCAAAGUGGACCCUGGCAGUGAGGACUUCAUCCUGCAGACCAGAACCUACGACCUCUACAUCACCUACGACAAGUACUACCAGACGCCCCGCCUCUGGCUCUUUGGAUACGACGAGGACCGGCAGCCCCUGAGUGUGGACCAGAUGUACGAGGACAUCAGCCAGGACCACGUGAAGAAGACGGUCACCAUCGAGAACCACCCCCACCUGCCUCCUCCCGCCAUGUGCUCCGUCCACCCCUGCAGACACGCCGAGGUGAUGAAGAAGAUCAUAGAGACGGUGGCCGAGGGGGGCGGAGAGCUGGGAGUGCACAUGUACCUUCUAAUCUUCCUCAAGUUCGUCCAGGCCGUCAUUCCUACGAUAGAAUAUGACUACACGAGACACUUCACCAUGUAGCUCCACUCUACUGAUGCAUCAUGGGACAUCUUCUCUUCUGCCCGUGUGGAGGUUCUAUCAGGUCCGGUCUGGUCCGUGUUUCUAUAACUCAAAGACACUUUGCGUGGUGAACGUUGGCUGUGAGACGACUGUGUUAAAGGAACAGUCUGACAUUUAGGAGAUGGACUUGUUGUCUAUGAAAGAGUCAGAUGAAGAUCUGGAUAUGUUUGAUCUGGAUCUCCAUGUGUAGCUAUGUGUGUUUUGCUAUAUGUGUAGCUAUGCGUGUUGCUAUAUGUGUAGCUACGCGUGUUGCUACGUGCCUAGCUACGUGUGUAGCAGGUCUAGCUGUGGCAUAAAGAACUGCAUUAUUUUCAUCUGUUAAAAACAACGUUGGAUAUAUUUGUAACUAACUUGUGGUUGAAUAGUGUUUUUCACUGGCAAAAUUCUUCUUGCGUCCCUUGCUAAGCUAAGCUAGGCUAACCACAGCCUGGGCUCUGACAUCUCUUCAUCUGACUCUAAGCCUUCAGACAGCUCCGUCCCAACUGUUGGCCUGUACUCGAUGUUUACUAUCGUGACCUCAUCGCGGUGACCUCAUCGUGGUGACCUCUCAACCGUCUCGUCAGUACCACGUAGAUGCUCUUCAUUAAACUCUUCCACACUGCUUCGCUGUUUGAAAUGUUUUUAAAAAGCCAAUUAAACCUGUUGUGUCCGCUU